GUGACUCGGCCCAUACUCGGCAGUGAUGUUUAACCGGCUGCGACGACGUGGUAAACGGGCGCACAAGUUUGUAUUCCUUCUCACGGUCCACUCUGCCGAGGUCAAACGUGCUGCGCUGUCUGAGGGCUGGGAAGCCGAGGCCCGCGGCUUUGUGGCGAGAUGGACGCAUGGGGGACAUGAAGCACGGACGAGUACAGCUGUUCUUGAACGGGGAGAAGUAGUGUGGGAUGAAGAGCUGUCGAUGACGGGCCGUUUGUACAAGCGGAGGGAUGGCGAUGACUACGAUGACAAGCAAUACAAGCUGAGAUUGAUUGAGGAUGGCAAGCGAUCGCACACAAGAGCCGUCCUCGUCCUCAACUUUGCCGACUUUGUCGCCGCUUCGCCUGUCCGUGGCGGCUUCCGUCAUCGUGUCUUUCUUAUGGACGCAGACGCCAAGCGAGUCGCGCACUGCUCCAUCAACAUCUCGCUCUCUUGGCAGCGCAUCUCCAAGGAGACCGGAUCGCCGCUCGCCGACAACGUGCUCGACGAGACCACUACUUCGCUGACCCCCGGUGACCUCUCCGCCAUGAACUCAUCCGAGGACGAGACCUCUGACGGCUCAUCCGCUGUCCCGCAUGACUUUCCGCCUCACCAUCUCGAGUCUGACGACGGCGGGAUCGACGGCCUUCGUCGGAGCUCGUCGCGCCACCGCCACCACCACCAUCGCCACUACCACCGCUCGCGGCGGAGCUCGUCAGCGACGGUGGCGGCGGCGGCGGCAGAAUCUAGUGAGCUGCUGGAUCUGGCUGGCCUCUCGCCGGCCGACCGCGCCGCGGCCAUCGAGGCUCGCGCUGCCCGCGCCGCCCGCCACCGCCGCGCCGAUCAGUCGUGGGUCGAGGGCAUCGUCGCCGCCGCCAUGUACGCACUGGCCCUGCCGCUGACGGCAGCGAGCCUGGCUGCCUGGUUUGUAGCCCUCCGCCCGGCGCCACGCACUCUUGCCGGCGCGCCAAUGCGCGCACUCGCCGCGCUCAGCUGGUGCCUCAUUGCCUUUGUCUGGCUCCGCGUCCUGGUGCUCGCCAUCGGCACGCUCGCAACGCCGAGCUCGGUUGUCUGGUGGGUGCUCUCGCUCCUUGUAGGCACGCUGCUUGUUGGACGAGGCGCCGCCGCUGGCGCCGAUGGCCCAUACGACGUCUUGGGCCUGCCCAACAUCCGCCCACGUGAGUUUGCACCCGAGCUCGGCUCGGCGAUCCUCCUUGACACUCUUGCGGUCGUUGGCACCGUGUACGUGGCCGCAACUCUGACUCGCGCCCCUGCGCUUCUCGCUCUUGUCACCGCGCCGCCGACAGAGCCGGACUCGCUGCACUGCGCGAUCGAAGUCUUGGUACUCGUCGGCGAGGCGACGCUCAAUCUGACGGCACUGCCGCUGUGGGGCAUGCUCCUUGCUGCGCCGUGGCGACUCGGAAGCCUCAAACUGAAUGACGGUGCGGGUGCUGCAGCCGCUGCGCUUCUUGCCGGUGCCCUCGAUUGGAUCUUGCUCGUGGCUGCCGGUCUGGCGUCGGCAGUCUCGCUCUCGCUCCCUCGCUGGGUGAGGGAGCUGCGCGCAGCUCAAGACGCCGACGGGCGGCAGGCCGUGUGCGUCGAGUAUGUACAACGCGCCGCGACUCGCGUUUACGCUGCUCUUGUGACCUCGAACCCAGUCGGGCGAGGCGUGGUGGGAGCUGUUGCGACCUGUGCCCAGCUCGUCAUCACCGGCGUCAACGCCGUUGCCGGCCUCAUUGCAGAUGCCGCCGGUAGCUCUGCCGCUGCUGCCGCUGGGGGUCUCUCUGGCUCGGGCGCGGUGCUGGCAAGCGCCGCGCUGGCGAGUCUCGCAUGGGCCGGGCCGGCUGCGCUCGUGCUCAUGCUCUCUACCGCCGCAUGGGCGGCGUCGUGCGCCGUGGCGCCGCUAGCUGCCGGCGCGAGCGUGGCCAAGGACGGCGCGACGGCAGGCGCCGCGACUGUCGCCGACCUCAUCGAGCCCGUCGUCGACACCUGGCUCGCGGUAUUGCGCGGCGGCGUCGGCCUCGCGCGCAGCAUUGGAGUGCGCGGCUCGGUCCUUGUCGCGCAGCUGGCGCUUGUCGUCGUCGUUGGCGUGUGGCUCGCCCUCCCGCUCAUCGGCGCAAGCGCGAUUCUCCCGGGCUCGAGCAUCGUCGCCGCCGCCAGUGUCAUUGCCACCACCGCUCUCCUCCGCCGCGCCCCGGCCGAGAUCGAGACUGCGUGGCACGAGUCGUCGGCGAUGAGCGGGCGAGCGUAGCCGGCUGCUUCAACAGCCGCUCUCUGUCUGCGCAGUGCAGUACAGUCGCGGCCAAUAGAGCCGCUCAGCGGUUGCGCGAGACUGCCGCAGCCAGAGCUGCAGCCAGAUCGCGAGCCUGGCUAAACGCCAUCCGGGGGAGGACGGUGAUGUUGGCAAGCAAGUUUGCCGCGAGGUCGCCCGACGCAAAGUACCGCCCAAAAAACUGCAGGGCGCGGAGCUGCGAGUCCAAGACGGCACCAGCGCGGGCUGCGAUUCGUGCGCCAGUCGCCUUGUACACAUUGUACCAGUCUUCAGAUUGGUACGGCGUGCCUCGGAUGUCGCGAGCCAAAAGCGCUUCCUUGGUCGGGAAGCGGGCCCGCAGCUCCCGCCGCUUGCGCCCGAGCCGGGUGAGCAUGACCGAGAGCUUGCGCGAGAGCAGAAAGUCUUCGAUGAGGCCGAAGAGUGCGUCCGAUGGCACCCAUGCAGCCUUGGGCACAAAGACAAACUCCGGCAGGCCGUGGAGCGAGCGGGCAGGAUCGGCCAUGCUGUGAUCCGAGUUGACCCUCAGCCGCGGCGGGCCGUGGCGGGCAAGCAGCUGUGCGUGGGCGCGCGAUCCCCAUGAGACAACGUGAAAGGUGACCCACAUCGGCGACUCAAAGUGCUCAAACGAGUGGAUGAUCGAGACGUUGCGGAGAGUGUGCCGGGCGUACGGCUCGGGAAGACC